AUGGAUUCCGGUGUGAAGAAGCCAGUCCCAAAGAUAAGGUAUGUCAGACUGAACCAGGUGUUCAAUAAGGCAUUGAAGCAAUCCUUGGUCAAGUUUCAAAAUAUCGAUAAACUGAGCUCGUGUUUCCCACAGUUCUCGAAAACUGCUCAGGGUCGAACGCGGCUGCUUAACUCUCAGAAACAGGUGAGUACAUUUUGGGAGGAAUUGGGGCAAAGGGAGUUCAAUGAGAUUUUGAAAGAACACAACGCGGAAGCUAAGCUGAAUGAGCUCGAUCAGCUGAUAAGUGAGGCCAGAGAACGAUUGAACAAGAAGAAGAGUUCUCAAGACCGUGACACGGACAGCAUUGAACCAGAGAUAUCAAUUGGGUCACUGACAGCACAAGAGUUGCUCGAGUGCAAUUUAUAUAGUCAAAGGAAGAAAGCUAUUAGACAAAUUGACAAGAAACUUGAGAGGAUAAAAACAAUGAAUGAUUCACUGGAAAGUGAAAUGAAGCAAUUACAAGAAGAAAUGGAACGUGAUUCUUCAGAGAUUAGAACAACUAUGAAAAGAUUUCUUGGUGAUAGGAUAAGGGAAAAUCCGAACCCUGAGCUGCGACAAUCGCUAGAUGAUAUGAUUCGCGAAGAGAAAGACUACUUCCCAUAA